UCCCAGUCUGUCUUGUUGGGCUGGUGCCAUUAUUCUGUGUAGGCAGCAAAAUCCGUAAGCUAGUGAAAAAUUUAAAUUAGUGCAAUUCGCUGGAUCCGGAUCGAGUCGUGGACAUUUGUAGUCGUCACUUUCUGUCGUGAACUUGCGGAAGUGCGUUUUUGUGAACGUGCAAACGGGAUGCAAAGGUGUUUUUUGGAAAAGUGGAAUCAGGGCUGAAUUUUCUGGGCAACCAACCCAUUGCAUGGAAGAAUCCGUGUCGUUCAAAGAGAAAGACUACCGAAAAGUGUACAACAGUGCGUGUGUGGGUAAUUCGGAAAGCUCUCCCGUUGCUGGAAUUCAAUUUGCGUGAGAAAGACAAGAUAUAUCUGGACGGACACCUUUGGGACCAGCCUGAAGAAAACAAGAACAGCAGCAGCAAAAUUUAUGCGGUGAGAGAGCUUUUCCUGUUUCAGUACCCUAUUCGUAUUUGUGUAUAUGAGGAUGACAGAGCGACAGCGGCUGUGUUGAAAUGAAAUGAAUGAACGGAACGAACCAACUCCAGCCAGACCAGACCAGUGAAGUAGCAAACUAACAGCAGCAGCAGCAAAAGAAACAGCAAUAACAACAAAAACAGCAGCAGCGUACAAACCAGUCAUCCAGCAACAUUGAGAAGAGUAUUGCUUUUGCUCUGGUGCGGCGGUGUCAAGAAACGGCGAUGAACACCACCAGUCACUGUGUUUUAGUGCGGAAAAAUGGCCGAUCUCAUUGAUUCGAGAACCGAGGACAUAUCGGUGGUGACUGCGUCGACAAACGGAACAGAUUACCCGAUUUAGUUUGUGACCACGCUUCUUGUGACCAUCAAAUUAAUCCGGUGGAAGUGGACGAAUCGGUGCCGUUCGAAGAUCUGAACCGAACUGUGGAUCACAUCAUUUGAUGGUGAUUUCUUUGUUCAUCGUAAACCAGGCCCAUAAUUGUUCCCUGAUAUAUACAUAGGUACUUGACACGGCCGAGUAUUCGUCUUGGUCUCAUGGACGUUGAAAAAAGUGUAUUGUUGUGUACCGAAAUGAAGCUUGUGCGUGUGUAAACCCAAUUUCAAACGUCUUUGAGUUGGGGCUUCGUUUGUUGUCAUUGAUUUAAAACAACUCGAAAAAUUAAGCAGAGCUACGUACGCUGCUGAAGUCGGAUACGGUUCCGAUAGCAAAACAAGGGAAACCUCUUUAAAGUCGAAGAAAGGUGUGGGUAUGAGGGUGAAAAGUGCAAAGUAUUUCAUGUAGCUCCGACUGAUUGUCUGAACUGGGUAGUAGUUUGUCGAAUUCUUAUAUGUAAGUUACGUUAAGAAUUUGCAACUACUCAUUAUUGUUCAAGUGCAAUAGAUAUCGAUUAACAUCGUUGAAAAAAAAAAUCAAAAUACGUACAAUAGUCAUGCAUUUGGAGGUAAUUUCCAUAUUUUUUCACUGUCGGAAGGAUUUGGUUCUGGAUGGGCUAAUCUCGGUAGACGUCAAAUUUGAAGUAGCAGUGUCAGGAAAUAAUUCCAGCUUCUCAAACAGCGACAUGCCUAUUGUGUAAAAGAGAAGUCGAAACCGGGAAUUACGAACACCGUUGCGCUAGACAGGGAGAGAACCAGUCAAGCUCUCCGGCAAAGGAGGCAGCUGGAAAAUCGAUUUGUGUGUAUCAUCAUCAUCACCAUCGACCAGCAGUAAAAGUAGCCAGCACACAGCCAGCGUAGAGUGUGUGUUAUUUAAAUUUUUGUGGACGGUAAAAUUGAGGAAAAACGAAAAAUACACAAAACAAUCUGCUUGUUGAAAAAGGUUUUAAAAUUGCCAAAAAUCGGUCUGGUUUUACCUGAGAAAAGCAAAAUGCCGAGUGCUUCUUUCUCCUCGUCUCGGUCGUAUGUGCGUCGAUCCCGGAGGAAGGGUAACCGGAUUCCGUUGCCGUCGAGGACAUCAGCUAUAUGUGAACCACCAUGCCAAAACAUUCCGGCUCCGAAUGUUGGAGCUGCUCUGGGAGGCCAACAGAAUAGUGGACCAGCACUUGUGGCUGCAUCCCAUAAUCCAGCUGCUUCCAAUGCAUCCACCGGGUCCUCUUCUUCCUCAUCAAGUUCCAAUGUCGCCAGUAGCAGCAGCAGCAGUAAUAGUGGAAAUUCCUCCAGCGGAUCAAAUGGCGGUGCCAAUAACUCAGCAGCCCUGGGUAGUUCAAGUGUUGUAAAUACGGCCGCAUUAUCUCAGGGAUGUUCCUCGUCUGCUUCAGGCUGUUCUUCAGUAUCGUCGUCAUCGCUCGCAACGGUUGCAGCAACAGCUUCAUCUUCGUCAUCGUCGUCUUCAUCCUCACUUACGGUACCUUCAAAUGCAAUCUCCUCGGUCACACUUUCCGAGGGCAAGCAAAACUCCAACUCGCCGUAUGAUCUAAGGAAAAAAUCUCCCUUGGCCGCACACGAUUCCGGUAGCUGGCUGGCCGGAUCGAACAGUUCCGGUGGAGCCAGUGGAGCAGGUCCCUCAUCUGGAUCCAUUAGUGUAUCAGGAUCAAGUUCCAGUCUCCUGCAAUCUUCUCAUCAGUAUCAAUCAUUAGCAUACGAUAGUUGUAACUCAGCAGCCUAUAUGUUGCCGGCUCGGAAACGACCCAGACGUACGUAUUCUACCAGCACCGAAACAUCUUCCUCAUCGUCAAGUGGCGGUACGGUAGCAUGUGCUCCUAGUAGUAGCAACGCCACAAUUACAUCUGCCAGUAUUGGAUCUGCAAUGUGCAUGCAGUCCGCCGCUCACUACCUGCAAUACGAAAUGCCCGACGAAGUCCUGUUAACCAUCUUCUCCUACCUUUUCGAGCAGGAUUUGUGCCGAGUUUCAUUGGUUUGUAAACGUUUCCAAACUAUUGCCAAUGAUACCGAGCUGUGGAAACGGUUGUAUCAGAGUGUGUACGAAUAUGAUCUUCCAUUGUUCAAUCCGGAGCCUUGUAAGUUUAUUUUCGUUAAGCCGGAGGAUUCUGAUUAUGCAAAUCCGUGGAAGGAAAGCUUCCGGCAGUUGUAUCGUGGAAUUCAUGUUCGACCCGGAUACCAAGACCGACAGUACCAGGGUCGUAGUAUAGCUUAUUUCAAUACGGUUCAAGCGGCGCUGGAUUACGCCGACGAGAAAAACUCGGCCAAUAAUAAUCCUGUAACAGGAGCAGGAACGGGCGGAAGCAAUAGUAGUGGUAGUAGUAACGGUAGCAGUAGUAAUAAUAACGGAAACGCCAAUAGUAGUAACUCUAGUAACAAUUCCAAUUUGAGUGGCAGUCCCGCUGGCGAAGACAAUUAUCCACUGGAGAACUACGGUUCAUUAAUAUUCCUUCACCAGGGAACGUAUCGUGGAGAAUUUUUGGUGAUUGAUUCGGACGUUGCAUUGAUGGGUGCAGCGCCGGGCAAUGUGGCAGAAUCGAUAGUUUUGGAACGAGAAUCUGAAUCCACGGUAAUGUUUGUGGAAGGAGCUAAACUCGCCUAUGUAGGUCACAUGACGUUGAAAUUUUCUCCCGAUGUAACGUCCACAGUGCCACAUCACAAGCAUUAUUGUUUGGAAGUGAGCGAGAAUUGUAGUCCCACUAUCGAUCAUUGCAUUAUUCGGAGUACGUCAGUCGUUGGGGCAGCUGUUUGUGUUAGUGGUGUCGGUGCAAAUCCUCUUAUUAAAUACUGUGAUAUCAGUGACUGCGAGAACGUUGGACUGUACGUCACAGAUUAUGCCCAAGGAACAUAUGAACACAACGAGAUAAGCCGGAACGCGUUGGCCGGAAUUUGGGUGAAGAACUAUGCUAGUCCAAUCAUGCGGGAGAAUCACAUUCAUCACGGUCGGGACGUGGGCAUUUUCACCUUUGACAAUGGGAUGGGUUACUUUGAAAAGAACGACAUUCACAACAAUAGGAUUGCUGGGUUCGAAGUCAAAGCUGGAGCAAAUCCUACCGUAGUCAAAUGUGAAAUUCAUCAUGGCCAAACAGGUGGCAUUUAUGUGCACGAGAAUGGAUUGGGUCAGUUUAUUGAAAACAAAAUCCAUUCCAAUAACUUUGCCGGGGUUUGGAUUACCUCCAAUAGUAAUCCUACGAUUCGGAAGAAUGAAAUCUACAAUGGUCAUCAGGGAGGAGUUUACAUAUUCGGCGAAGGACGAGGAUUGAUUGAACACAACAACAUCUAUGGCAACGCCUUAGCAGGAAUUCAGAUUCGUACGACCAGCGAUCCAAUUGUAAGGCAUAAUAAAAUUCAUCACGGUCAGCAUGGUGGCAUCUACGUACACGAAAAAGGGCAAGGAUUGAUCGAAGAAAACGAAGUGUACGCAAAUACAUUGGCUGGUGUUUGGAUUACCACCGGGAGUACUCCAGUAUUAAGGCGGAAUCGAAUCCAUUCUGGAAAACAGGUUGGUGUGUACUUUUAUGACAACGGUCACGGAAAGCUGGAAGACAACGAUAUUUUCAACCAUCUGUAUUCGGGAGUUCAGAUUCGGACGGGGAGCAAUCCAGUCAUACGGGGAAACAAAAUUUGGGGAGGCCAGAAUGGUGGUGUACUUGUCUACAAUGGAGGACUUGGAUUGUUGGAACAAAACGAGAUAUUCGACAACGCCAUGGCUGGUGUGUGGAUAAAAACUGAUUCGAACCCCACGUUGAAGAGAAACAAAAUCUAUGAUGGACGUGACGGGGGAAUAUGCAUAUUUAACGGUGGCAAAGGAGUGCUCGAGGAGAAUGAUAUUUUUCGCAAUACUCAGGCUGGUGUGCUAAUAUCGACCCAAAGUCAUCCGAUUCUGAAAAGAAACCGAAUAUUUGAUGGAUUGGCCGCAGGUGUAGAGAUUACCAACAACGCAACAGCGACGCUGGAGUUUAAUCAGAUAUUCAAUAACAAAUUCGGAGGGUUGUGUCUGGCUAGCGGCGUGCAGCCGAUUACAAGAGGUAAUAAGAUUUUUAACAAUCAAGACGAGGUCGAAAAAGCGGUUUCCGGUGGACAAUGUUUGUACAAGAUCAGCUCGUACACAUCCUUCCCGAUGCACGAUUUCUACCGAUGUCACACAUGCAAUACGACAGACCGUAACGCGAUCUGCGUGAAUUGCAUCAAAACAUGUCAUGCGGGUCAUGAUGUCGAAUUCAUUCGGCAUGAUAGAUUUUUCUGUGAUUGUGGUGCUGGGACGCUCACCAAUCAGUGUCAGCUGCAGGGCGAACCCACCCAGGAUACCGAUACUUUGUACGAUUCCGCGGCCCCUAUGGAAUCACAUACGCUUAUGGUAAACUAGGGUCUUGUUAUAUUUAUCGUUCUGUGUUAAAAGGACCCUCUGGCAUGAGCAUCACCCUAUGUGAAACAGAAGGGUAGAGAGCGAAAGUGAGACAGAUAUUUCAUCGUGUGGAAAGUUCUAGUACACAAACGUCAAAAAGUUACAACUAACUCCUUGCUUGCUCAUAGCAAAGAAAUUCAACCCUGAAUCUGAAAACAAAAUACUCCCUAAUAUAGGCUUCCGUUGAUGAGACCGAUAGUAAACAAACCAAACCUAGGGCUCCAGGGCUUUCCUAGCUAAUCUGAGACAAUUUAUUGAAGGAUUUUCAUCGUGUUCGAUGUAAGCUUAAUUUUUCUUUUAUAAAUUAAGAAGUUAAUCAGCGACAGUUAAUCAAAUUAGUCUACCAACAGUACACAGCACUCCGAAAUUACAUCAACUACAAGAAUGAACCACCAAGACACCCAGCUUCCAUUCCAUUCUUCCCAAUAUGCCAACCGCAGAAAAAAAAAAGAAUGUUGAAGCAAAAUUGUAGAGAAUCUAAGAAGACAGUGAUAUACCCGAAAUUUUUGUUCGUCAACAAUUUAGAAGUUUUUUUUUUGUGUCUAAAAGUAAUCAGCCUAUAACGCAAAUAGAGGUGAAUCAUAUUGAAAAAUUUUCAGUGUGCAAACAAUGUGCGUGUGCUAAUGUGCGUGCGAUUCCAACUCUAACAAAUUAAAAAAACCGAAAGAUUUAUGUUUUGGAAGGUUAGGGAUUUGUGUGCCCAUCGAACUAAUUGUAUUUUUUUUCUGGAUAUGACUGAAAAUGGAAAUAUAACUGUACAGUAUCGAAAAUCCAUCAAGGGACUGCAUUGUUUUCUGUGUUGCACCGUAAUAAUAAGUUUUGCGCAGCACAUGAACCUCGCAACACAGCCAUUGCGAAACACCUUGUGAGUAUUAUUUUAUGUAGAAAACAAUAAAAAUAACUAAUAAGGCGUGCAUUGGUAUGUAGGAAAUGAAUAAGGUUUGUUUUGUUUCAUGUAUGAGGACUGAGAGAUGUACAAAAGAGUGAAUGGUACCGUUGCUCAUCAACAGAGCUCGAUCUGUACGAUGUUAUAUAUGUACUAAUAUUUAUGUUUCCUUGUUUGAAAUAAGUUUAAGUUAAAUGUUAUCAUGUCGUCUAUUUAAAGCAUCGUUCAAUUGUGGUUCGAAUCAAUUUAUCAACAUCUUUUGCCCGAAGACACACCAUUGUCGAUAUUUUUUUAUUAGAUUUGUACAUCGUGCUCUCUAUUAGCUUUAACAUAUAAUUUUGUGAACCAACAAGUUACCUUGCGUUUCGAGUAUUGUGACAACUUUGUUCAAAAUUAAUUAAAAAAGCUCUCUUAAUUAUUCAAUGGUUUAUUAAACAAUUGUGUUUAGUUAUUUUUUAGCUGUUUUCCCGCGUUUUCAGGACGUUUCUAUACAGUAUCGUAAACCAAAUAGAUUUAUAAAUUAUUUAUCCAGAAGUGUACCUACAAUGUUCAAUAUUUUAUUAUUUUUCUUUGCGUGAUAUGUUUUUAUUACGUAAUGGCUUGGAAAGUAUUUCGGAGUGAGCGAUCUGUUUAAAAUUUUUGAACUCAUGAUAAAGAAUUCCGUAAAUCAAUCCCUCGGAUAUCAUAAAUAUCAAUCAUGGAUAUCAUAAAUGAAUUAAUAUCCAGUUUCGCAUUUGAAUAUUCUCGAGAACACAGCUAUAGUUCAACAAAACUGUUUUUUUUAAAUAAUGCUUUCGAAAUGAGUCCCAGUGCAUUUACUUGUGAUUGUAACUGAUUGCCGGUACAAUUUCAACUAUUCAAAUCUCUUUGGAAAUCGUAUGAAAAGAUGUUGAUUGUACAGAUAUACCAAACUAUGUGUUCCACUCGUAUCAUAAGCCUGUUUUCUUAUAUUAUCGUCGAUUUUUGACUUAUGUAUUUAGCCUUUUACGUACCAGUUUUAUUAGUAAUCGAAUUCUUGUGUAGCUGAAUGUAUAAGUUUUACUGAAAUAGAAGAACCACAACAAAGUAUAAAAUACGUGUGGUUAUGAAGUUUUUUUAAACUGUAUUAUUUUUGUAUCCUAUAAGAAAGUCUAUACUGUUGUAGAUAUAGUAGCUUUAAUUGUCGAAACAGAACACUAGAAAGGAUGGGACUGUACUGAACGCGAGAGACCAUACGGAUUGUGUAUCACCGAUAGUGAUAGUAAAUAGAUUUUAUUUUUCUAUAUUGCCAGAAACAAAAUUAAAACCGAAACGGAUUGUGUAAAUUAUUGUACAUGUAUAAUCAAUCAUCACCUAUGAUGCACUUGUGCGCUGAAUCUUAAUACGAAAAAAGCUUUUUAUACAAGUUUUAUAAUUUAAUUACCUUGUUUUUUUUGUGUUUGUUAUUUUUUGAAAGAAAUUUUCCUUUUUCGUUGUCUUUUGUAAAUAAAAUCCUUAUUUUUUUGUCGCUGCUGGUUUUUCUCAUUUGUGAUUAAGUACACCAAAAUUGUUGAUUUUUUAAGUAGGUACCUAUGUGUUUUUGAUGUAUCUUGAUUAUUAGCAGAGAAUGCCAAACAAUAUUUACCCAUUAACAUUGAAAUCUUGAAUAAUUGAAAUAUUCAAAAUUUGAAGUGUCCAAAUAUGUUUUUGUGCGAACCUCUAGAUUUAAUUCUGAAAAAUAUGAGUGGCCCUUAUUCUCACGGGACGUGGCUUGACAGAUUUCACCUCGGCAAAUGUUAGCUUGGAUGAGCUGCGAUUAGAGCGCAUCCGAACGUAAGUGUUUUCCUGAAACGUUUCCUGGAGUCAGGACAACGAGGUGAAAUUUGUAAUGCCCAACGUUUUUAAGUCAAAUUUUAAGGAUUGAUUCAUCUGUACUACCAAAUAUUAUAUCAGUCUAGUAAUGGCAAAAACAUCAACACUCUGUAAUAGAAUGAAUCAAAGAAAAAUAAACUAUAAAUGUCUAAAUUGGAACACUUGCAUUUAGGGUCGAAUGCCUCCUGAGGAGUUGAAAUCCCUUACAAAAUAAAUAGAAAACAAUGAACUCUGGCCACGGGCAGAUCUAAACCCAGCAAACAUUUUUGUAGGUAUAUUUCUCAACAACUUUUUUAUACGUUUCAUAUACAUUAUAGAAUGAUCGUAUGAAACACGAAAAAACAGCAUUUACCUACCAAAGUGGAGGCAAUAUACAUACAACUUUUUAACUUCUGGCUAAAGCGAUAUGAGUAUACGAUUUCGACACCAUAUUCAUACAUACUGAAAGAAUGCAACAGAGCACAAGUUUCUUUCUCUCAACGCAUGCGAACUGUUGCCAGCGACAAUAUUUGCUGCCUCUGUCAUUGGGCAAUUCUCGCAAAUACACCAUCUGAUUUUUAGCAAUCUGGUUGCACUGCUGAUCGCAAAGAGAACAACAAAGCUGUUCUCUCUUUUGACCCACGCGGGAGAAAAAAAAGGAACGAAAUCGUCUUCAAAAUCUGCAAACAUGGCGGACUUUUUAUCAUAUCCGAUUUAAACCAUUUAAUACGACUUCGAGUAACGAUUUUUACGACAUUUUACUUGCGUUAGUUGGAAUUACGAUUCGCAGUAACGUUUUUAAUGACUUGAGUUAUCAUUUUAAUGCGAUUUCAUGUUUGCUGGGAAAACAAUUACAUACUAUUGGUUAUGACUGUGAUUGGACGAUUCUUGACAAGGGAACGGGACGAAUAUAUAAAUAAAUUAAAAACAUGAUUCAUACCAUACAAUGUAGAACGACAUUUUAAUUUUAUUUCUUCUUUCAUUUGGUUAACUUAAUUUUGUUGCUUUAAUUUCGUUCAAUGUUAUUUUUUAGUAAAUUAGAACCGAAAAAUGAAAUGGUGCAUUAAAAAACAGAGCAAUAAUCAUUAUGUUUGUUGAUACUAUUAUAGAUAAAUCUUACAAAAAGUAUCUAGCACGUCCUUUGAAACUAGUCAUAUGUGUGUGAACGUGAGAAUGUAAAGUUAAUACAGCAAACAGAGAGUGCUGUUUAUACGAUUUAUUUUAUUUGUUUCUGCGGUGUUCAACACGACCAAUGUCUUUUUAAAAAAUACUCUCCACUGUUCGGAAUUCACUACUUAUAACGAUAUCCCACGCAUUUCCAAACUUUGUACAUAGCACAUGUUUACUAAUCUUCAAGCCAGAAUCAAAUGGCUUUUGGUUUUCGAACCCCGAUUGAGGAGAUCGUCGAACACAGCAUUCUGUAAAUGAUUCCGUUCAGAGGGAAGCAACAACAACCAAAUCUUCCUAGUUUCAACGUUAACAUGUAAUGUGGCACAUUUGAAAACAAAAAUGCCUGUUUAUAUUUUAACGCUAAAAUGUCUGAUCAUUCUCUACGGACUUGAUUUCCACAUAUGACGAUAGAGAAAAUGUCUUGCAAAGGAUGAUUUGCAUUUGUUUUUUUUAAAUUUGCUGAAAUUUCAAAGCUUAAAAUACGUUCGAGGCAAAAAGUCCUGUAUAAAUUCC